AUUUAUUCUAUUUUUUUAUUUUUUUACAUUUCAUCUUACCACUCUUCUCUUCUUCGUAUUUCUUUCUAACGUCUGUGCUCUAUUGAUAUGCUUUCAUACGCUGAAAAGCGAACAAUAGUGUGGGCCUCUUCUCAUGUCCUGAAGCGAUCCAUCACCAGUCUAUCGAAGCGACCUGCUAUGUUAGCGUCUGCACACCAAUUAAGUGCACGACAUAGUUAUAAAACCGAUAGUAAUAAUGUCAAAGCAGAAAAGGAAACAAUCACCAAGCUUCUUUACAACAUUGGUUCUCGUAAGGAAGUAGAACAAUACCUUCGACAUUUCUCAUCAGUUGAAUCACAGAAGUUUGCCGUUAUUAAGGUUGGUGGUGCCGUUUUAACGGAUGAACUUGAGACCCUUGCUUCUGCUUUAACUUUCCUCAACAGAGUUGGGCUAUAUCCCAUUGUUCUUCAUGGUGGUGGUCCCCAACUGAAUAAACUUUUAGAAGAAGCCGAAAUUGUACCUGAAUAUGAAGAAGGUAUUCGUAUCACAAACUCGCAAACCAUUGAAAUUGCUCGUAAAGUAUUCAUGGCAGAAAAUUUGAAACUUGUGGAUGCUUUGGAACGACAUGGAACACGAGCGAGACCCAUAACAGGAGGUGUCUUUGUAGCCGAUUACCUUGAUAAAGAAAAGUAUGGUUACGUUGGAAAGAUUGUUGGCGUCAAUAAAGAAGUGAUUGAAUCGUCGAUUCGGGCUGGAGCACUUCCUAUUUUGACAUCUCUUGCUGAAACUCCUUCCGGCCAGAUAUUGAACGUCAAUGCAGAUGUAGCAGCUGCUGAAUUGGCUACUGUUUUGGAACCAUUAAAGAUUGUCUUUUUGAAUGAAAAGAACGGCCUAUAUCACGGUGUCACUGGAAAGAGAAUUGAAACGAUCAAUUUGGAUGAAGAAUAUGAGGAUCUUUUAAAGGAACCUUGGGUGAAAUAUGGAACCAAACUAAAGAUCAAACAAUGUAAAGAACUGUUAGAUGGCUUACCCCGAUCUUCAUCAGUUGCUAUCAUUUCAGCCGGUCAUUUGCACAAGGAACUUUUCACAGAUUCAGGUGCAGGUACACUGAUCCGUCGUGGCCAUAAAUUAUUCAAAUACGAGAAACUCGACCAAGUCGAUCCUGACAAGAUUCGCCGUAUUAUGGAGGCUGAAGAUAUCUCUAUCCAAACAGGCGAGAGUUCCGUUGCCAGCUAUCUUCGCUCACUUCAACAAAAGAACGUUCAUAUAUACACAGACGAGCCUGGUCAAGUACUAGGCAUUGUUACCAAGGACCCACAAGAUUCUAGUAAACCUGCUGUAUUAGAGAAGCUUCUCACCACUAAGACAGCUGUCCUCAAUAAUGUGCCUGAAAAUCUAUGGACGGCCAUCCGAAAGGACUUUGAUAGCUUAACGUGGCGUGUGGAUGCCAAAGCCAAAGACGGCAAUCUCGACCCUUCUUGGCAUUUUGAACGUGCUGAUGGGUCCCUCAAAAGUCAGGAUGGUUCCACUACAUUUUUUUAUGGAAUUAACGAUGCAGAAAAGAUUAAACAAACAUUCAAAAAUGCCAGUGACAAUAGCAGAAAAACUUUUUCAGCGAAUAUUGGAAGCGGCAAUCGUUCUUAUUCAACCUUUAAGGGAUAUCAUAUCAAAUCUCAACGCAGUUACAGCACUUCACAACAACCAAAAAAUGUGGGGUUAAUUGGUGCUCGAGGAUAUACUGGUCGUGAGCUCAUCAAUUUGAUCAACGCACAUCCGCACUUGAACUUAACUCAUGUCAGCUCCCGAGAAUUGGAAGGAAAGCCACUUGAAGGAUAUACCAAAGCUAAUCUUAACUAUGUCAACUUGAAACCACACGACUUAAAGUCACACUCAGAAGUUGAUGCAUGGGUUUUAGCUUUGCCCAAUGGUGUAUGUACACCUUUCGUUAACCAACUUACUGAAGAUGUCAAGAGGAAGGAGAUUUCAGAUAAGGUCCUCGUUGAUCUCAGUGCUGAUUAUCGCUUUGAUAGCAAAUGGACUUAUGGCUUACCUGAAUUCAAACGUGCUGAUUUGAAAGGUGCUACUCGUAUAGCUAAUCCUGGAUGUUAUGCCACAGGUGCACAAAUGUCUUUAAAGCCUCUAGUUCCUCAUCUAGACAAAUUCUCUGCGCCCACCGUUUUUGGCGUCUCUGGUUAUUCUGGUGCUGGAACAAAGCCUUCCCCUAAAAAUGAUCCUGCGUUUUUAAAAGAUAACAUCAUCCCUUACAGCUUAACGAACCAUAUUCACGAACGUGAGGUAUCUUAUCAGUUAGGAACUACAGUAAACUUCAUUCCUCAUGUUGCUUCGUGGUUUCAAGGUAUUGCUUUGACAGUAAAUGUUCCAUUAGCUAAACAGAUGACAGCAAAGGAAGUCAAAUCUUUGUUUGAGGAAUUUUAUAGUGGAGAAAAACUUGUGAAGGUCUUAGAAACAGGCGAACCGCUAGUACGUGAUAAUGCUGGAAAACAUCAUGUGAGUAUUGGAGGGUUCAAUGUUCAUCCUGAUGGCCGUCGGGUAGUUGUCACAACGACUAUUGAUAAUCUUUUGAAAGGAGCUGCUACUCAAGCAAUGCAGAAUUUAAAUUUAGCUUUGAACUUUGAUGAAUACGCCGGUAUUCCUACCGAUUGAAAAUUUGAGGAACACCGCCGUAGCAUCCUUCUGUAACUGUAAAAAAUUAAACAUUUUGAUUUCAUUCCCAUCUUUCGUGUAUAAAAGUAAUGUAUUCCUAG